CAUGGCUGCCGAAAAUAUUAAAGUUGCAGUUAGGGUAAGACCCUUCAACAAGAGAGAAUUGAAGAAAGGAGCAAAGUUAAUUGUUAAGAUGCGGAAUAAUCAAACAAUUCUUGUGGACCCAAGUGACAAUCACAAGCCAAAAACUUUUACAUAUGAUUAUUCUUUCUGGUCACAUGAUGGAAGUGUUACCGGAGAAGAUGGAUACUUGACAAAGGAUUCAGAAUCAUCUAAAUAUAUUGAACAGAAAGAUAUCUUCAACGAACUCGGCAGUAAACUUCUUGAUUCAGCUAUACAAGGCUAUAAUGGCUCUUUAUUCGCCUAUGGUCAAACGGGAAGUGGUAAAUCGUAUUCGGUUAUGGGUGAUCACAAAAAUAGGGGUAUCGUCCCUAGAAUAUGCUCUGAACUAUUUCGCAGACUGGACAGAAAGAAUGAAAAAGGCGUUCAAAAUGAGAUAACCAUAAGUAUGUUGGAAAUUUAUAAUGAGAAAAUAAGGGAUCUUCUGGAAUCUAGAACUAGAGGUCAUAACCUUCAUAUCAGAAAUCAUCCAAAGAGAGGUUUCUUCGUCGAAGGCCUAUUUAAGGCAACAGUAUGGAAUGGACAAGAUCUCUUAGUCAAAAUAGCCGAUGGUGAAAAACAGAGAACUAUAGCAGCAACGAAAAUGAACGAUCAUAGUAGUAGAGCCCAUACGAUAGUUGGCAUUAAUAUUUCACAGACCAAAGUUAAAGAAAAAAUGACUGUUCUUUCAACAAUCAAUCUAGUUGAUCUGGCCGGUUCUGAGAGGUCUAAGCAGACUGAAUCGUCGGGUACUAGAUUUGAAGAGGCGGUUAAUAUCAAUAAGUCUUUAUUGACAUUAGGCAAUUGUAUAUCAGCUCUAUGCCAUCAGGCAAGUUCGGGAAAGAAUCAGCAUAUCCCUUAUAGAGAUUCUAUUCUUACAUCACUGCUCAUGAAUGCUUUGGGGGGAAAUAGUAAAACCGUUAUGUUAGCAGCAAUAAGCCCAGAUUCAGAAAACUAUGAGCAAACCCUCUCGACCCUUAAAUAUGCUGAUAGAGCCAAAUCUAUAAAAACCAAGGCUGAAGUAAAUCGAGCGGAAACCAAUAAGAUUUUAGCUGAUAUGAUUGGGGAGAAAGAACGUCUGCUUAAGGAGUUGGAAGACCUAAAAGCGAACACCAAGUUCGGUUUGUCUGACGAAGAACUACGAAAGAUGAAAGAAGAGCAAGAGGCAGAAAUUAGAGAGUACAAAGACAGAAUAACUGAUAUGGAGAAGGCUUAUAAAAAGAAAUUAUCAGAAGCCGAAACUAAAAUGCAACAAAUGGCCGAUAAAGAAAAGGCUAUAGAAAGAGAAAUGAGAGAAUUUCCUCACUUAAUCAACGUAAACGAAGAUCCAGCCUUGACUGGAAAAGUCAUUCACAUUCUUUAUCCAAAGCGAGAGUGUUCAGUUGGUAAUAACAGAGAUAAAAACGUAGUGCCAGAUAUCGUUAUGAAUGGUCCCGGUAUUGCUAAACAUCAUGCAAGAAUUGUAUGUAAAGACGAUGGCAAGGUUAGAAUCGAACAGCUUGACGGAUUGGUUAGGCAUAAUGGGCAAGAAAUUCUCAAAAGAACAAGAGUUAGACAUUUGGAUAGGCUUAUGUUUGGUACAACUAAUUUGUACAUACUAAUUGAACCACGUAAAAAGGGGGAGUUAGACGUGACUUGGGAAGAAGCGCAGGCAGAAGUAGCUAAGCAUUCUGGCUUUGACUUUGGUAGUGAAGAUGCUUUAUUAGCACAAGAAGCUAUGGUCUUGUAUAAGGCUGUUAAUGACGCGAACAUCAUAGCAGAUGAACUGGGAAUUAAUAUAAAACUUUAUUUGCUGCUGGUAGCGCCUGAACUUAGAGGAGGUGAUGUCAGUCAAAGAUCUGAAUGUUGCGUUCAUGCUAAAGAUAGUGAAGAAGGUAUUGAAUACGUUUGGUCAAAGAGUGAAUUCCUCGACAGGCAAGCAGCCAUGAGAUCUGCUUACGAGGAAUGGGAACAAUCAAAUACGUUACCCUCUGCCGAAAAUGGUCCUUGGUUUGACGAUAGACCACAAAUGGUUGGCAUCGGUAACAUUCCCUUACAAUAUUUAGCUCAUCUAUUUGAAUUUGUGGGCGAAGAGGUUGUUCUUUUAGAUUUUACCGGUCAACAAGCGGGUUUUAUUAGGGUUGAUAUUAACCCAGACGUUCCUCAAACCCUAAAGGAUAGCGUUAACGAUCCUAUAGAUCUUUUAAAGAAUAAAUUGACAUUAUCUAUUCAUGUCCUACAAGCCCUUUCCAUCCCAGAACGCUUUACGAAUACAUGGUGCAAAUAUAAAUUCUAUAAGGAGGAGGUCCAAACUAAUACUUCUCCUGGAUCAAAUCCAAAAUUUGAUCACACUUCAACCUUUAAGAUUCAUAGUGUUGACAGGCAAUUUAUAGAUUAUUUAACCGAUUCAAAUCUAUACAUUGAAGUCUGGGGUGAUCAAAAGAAGAUUUCUUCUCGACACAGUUUACCCGCUCAAUCAAGCAGACAAGAGGUAGAGGAGAUUAAACAAAUUUUAGAAGAUUAA